AUGGUGGACAUGAUGGAUAUUAUUUCUAAGGUGCAAAAUCCAUAUAUUGUGGAGUACAAAGAUUCCUGCGUAGAAAAGGAUUGCUAUGUGUUCAUCAUUAUAGGGUAUUGUGAAGGAGGGGACAUGGCAGAAGCAAUUAAAAGAGCAAAUUGUGAUUUUGGUCUUGCUAAACUGCUGACUUCUAAUGAUCUUGCUUCAUCGGUGGUGGGUACUCCUAGUUACAUGUGCCCUGAACUUCUUGCUGAUAUACCUUAUGGUUUCAAUUCGGAUAUCUGGUCUUUAGGAUGCUGUAUAUAUGAAAUGACUGCACACAGGCCAGCCUUCAAAGCUUUCUCCCUAUCGCAAGUGGUGGAUUUUUGUAAGUCCUACUUGGUGUUUAACAGUGAAACUUUCUGCGAUCCAAGACUUAUUAUAAAUGAUGCCAG